GAGGAACUCAUGUAUGAGCAUCGAAUCGAAUGCUGAGAAUUCAUUGUGCAAGACAUCUUUCAAUAACUCGAAAUAAUUUUUCUAAACGAACGAGCCUUGUUGCCUUUUGGAUGCCUGUAGCGACAGACUCCAAACAGACCUAAUCAGAGGCCCACAUUCCAUGCCUGGGGUUCCGUUUUAAGCUCUAAGCCAGUCAAUGAUGCUAACCCCCACCACCCCUGAAGCAGAGGACAAGGCCUAUUGCUGUGACUCCCCACAGAAGCUUGCGUCUCAAUUCUCCCACUCAUGCCUGUGAUCCCCAUCCCUCGGCGUGUGCGUAGCUUCCAUGGUCCCCACACCACCUGCAUGCACUCGGCCUGUGGGCCUGCACGCACCACCCAGCUUGUGCGCACCAAGUACAACAACUUUGACCUUUACCUGCGCUCACGCUGCAUGUACGGCUUCCUGCGCUUCCUGCUCUACUUCGGCUGCAGCCUUCUGACCUCCCUCCUCUGGGCGGCGCUGUCGGCUCUAUUCUGCCUACAGUACGUGAGCGCCCGUGUCUUCCUGCGACUGCAGUACAAGCUGUCCGUCAUCCUGUUGUUGCUAGGACACCGGCGCCUUGACUUUGGGGUGCUCAACAACCUGUUUAUCUACAGUAUGCAGGUCACAAUGUUCCUGGUGGGAGGCCUGGGCUGGUGCUUCAUGGUGUUUGUGGAUAUGUAG